GCUCGCGCUGAGGUCAGGUUUAUCUUUGUGUUCUCGCGAUACUUCACGGGAACUCGUAGUGCUAUGGCAGCUGGUCCUGAUCUCACUGCAGCCCGUGACAGAGACAGUCUCGGGAAUGAUUCGUUUCAGGACAGUUUUCAAACAAGGAUAUUUAAAAUAAUUGUCAUUGGUGACUCGAAUGUUGGGAAAACGUGUUUAACUUAUAGGUUCUGUGAAGCUAAAUUUCUUAAAAACCCAGAAGCCACAAUCGGUGUUGACUUCAGAGAAAAGAUCCUGGAGCUGGGGGCACAAAGCAUCAAGUUACAGAUUUGGGACACAGCAGGACAGGAGCGAUUCAGAAAGAGUAUGGUGGACCAUUACUACCGCAGCGUGCACGCUGUGAUCUUUGUUUAUGAUGUAAGCAACCUGGCAACCUUCGAAAGUCUGCCUGAGUGGAUUGAGGAGUGUAGGCGCCACUCAGUCCCACUGAGCGUGCCCCACAUUUUAGUAGGGAACAAAUGUGACUUAGGAAGACGAGAGGUUCCCAUCUCUUUGGCCCAACGACUAGCCGAUAGCUACAAUUUCCCCCUUUUUGAGACGUCUGCCAAAGACCCCGCUGAGAAGGAGCAUGUGGACGCCAUUUUCCUCACGCUGGCCCACAGGCUGAAGAAUCACAAGCCUCUGAGGCUGAAACAGCCAAGUGGAAGCAUUGCAACACCCCUGAAUAGUGAACAGGAAGAGAAGAAGUUCUGUUUUUGCUGAGAGACUGUGGCCAUGUGUAACUGAUUUAAAAUGAUGAAAUGGUCAGAUGGCUGGGUUAGAUUUUGAACUUUUUGCUGUUUUUAUUGGAACAGAAAGGGAUAGAGGGCAGGCAUCAUUAACUAUGUGCACUUAGCAAAGGUGUUCCUUAUUCUUUGAAGCCAGUGUGAGUGUUUACCAAUAAAUUAGUACAAUGAUUAAGUGGAACAACACAACAGCAUUAAUGAAGCAAACAAUUGCAAAAGAAAAUAAAAUAGUUAGAUUUGAAUUACAUUAAAAUGCAUUGAUAUUUUAUUUGUACAGCGCUUUUAACAAUGGACGUUGUCACAAAGCAGCUUUACAGAAAUAUAUAAAUUCAGGAUAUAAACUUUAAACAUGCGAAUUUAAAAAAAGCCUUAUUAGCGUGACAAAACUACAUCGUCAAACUAUAUGACUAGUUUUACAUUGCUUUUAAGGUCUAGGGCACAUGCAUUCUGAGCAACUUGAAUUGUGAUGUUUUUGUUCAGUGUUCUUUGCCUCUUUCAUGCUGUUUGUUGUCACUUAUUAUGACCUUUUUCCACCAAAUCAGUUCCAGGGCUGGUUCGGGGC